AGGGCGAGCAAUACACACCAAUGAUCUCAGAAACUUUAUUCUUCCCUCAAACAUUAAUCCUAUCCAUCCAAUCCCAGCGUCUCAUAACAAUACCAAUGUGAUCAAUUGUAUUCUUUAGGCUUAUGGAGCAGAGACGAGAAUCCGGGAACGCAAGACAGGAGGCAAUAAUAUGUUACACGGUCGCAGUAAGAGAAAACGAUGGGGCAAAUUUCUUCUCUUCAUCUGGAAGCCACCAAUGGAAAUUGGAUAGGUCUCAGGGUCUUUCGCAGGCCGACCACGCUCUGGAAUUCUAUCUGCCUCUAGGUGGCACCUGCUUUCAAUUUCAUUUUUGGAGCACCAAACUGCAAACCGGACACGCCCAGCGCCGAGAGCGUCCGCCGAGACCCAUAAAAGGUCUCACUUCUUGCACACACAUUCUUUUCUACUUGCCUCUCCCUCUCCCGUCUCUUCAUUCCGGCAACACCAACCAACACCCCGCGCACAGCCCCUGCCCGAAGCUGCGAUCAGACCUACCUGCGCCAAUCAAUCGUUUUGUGUCGUCGCCCAAAGUGCGGCUCUUUUUUUUUACUUUUUCCCCGAUCUCCAGCAAUCCCGCGAUGGCAAAGGUCAAGCCGGAACUUAUGUCCUCUCCCAAUUCACCUGGAAGGGCCUGUGGGGGCAAAAGAUCUAGUACAAAUCGUCGCCGCUACGAUCGUAGAUCACAAAAUUCGAAUGUUCCUACUGCCAACCUUCCAAGCGACGAAGCAGACUCCUCCAGACCCUCUACAUUUCGGCGGACGCGUUCACAGGGUUCACAAAACAAGCCUGAGAUUGAGAGAGCCCGAAGUGAUUCUGACACGGAUAACGACGAUAGUGCGGAGGAAGCUGAGAUCCUCGAUCCGCCUGCGAAUACUCACCCAAGGCGCUCAAAUGCUCACUCAAGUCUGCACAAGGGUAAUACUGAGCCAUAUGUCAGGACUCUUGCCCAGUUUAGCCCUGCGGUUCGUGUCCCGAGGACGACCUCGUCGAAGCGCAAGGAUGGAACAGAUAAACGUACACUUCAUCGGUUUACAAACGAAGAGCAUCGAUUUAUAUGGUUCUACCGGAACGAUCUUGGGUGCAGUCGCGGCGAUACAUAUGUCCAUUUUAAUGAGUACUUUGGUCUUCAAAUCCGCAAGGACUCUAUUGCAAAUACCUAUGAGAGGCUCAAACAAAGACGCCCGUCGGAGAUUUGUAGCGCCCGGCACACAGAGCCAUGGGCAGUGGGUCAGAGCGACGGUAUGCUAUCAAUCCACUCCCCUUCAAAUAAUAUUUGUUUGCUUGUUUAUUUAGGGGUCGUUUGGCGCACGCAGUUCAUCAAUUCAAAAUGCAUUAUGGAACAGUUGGCAUGCUAAGAUUUUGGCUUAAUAUGCCAUUGAACAUGCAUUGACAACUAUUAACUUAAUCCUGUAGCUGCUCCUGUUGACCCAGAAUGCGUUUUGAGUUGAUGAGUUUCUUGCGCUGGGCAGACCCUUAGACUACGCUACUGGUACCGGGUACGUUUUGCUGAUGAAUGCAUGUAGACGCCCAGACUAAGGUGCCAGUAGUCAUACUGGAUGAGGAGAGUGCACCAGAAAGGUCUGAUGAGGAACUCGAUAGCCGCUCCGCCAUGGGUGGCUACACCCCAUCAACGGCAGGCAUCGAACAGGCGGCUCCCUCGCUUGGCCUUGACCUUACCAAACCAGACAACGAGAGUCCUCCCCAAGCAAAAUCUACGCGCGGCACCCCCGAAUCUGCGGUGUGCUCUACCACUGGAUCUGAUGCUUUUCUAAAUACCAGCGCCCAGGGCGCAGAAUCUCGAAAGAGGAAGGCCGGCAUCCGAUCCUCUGAUUCUUCUCAACCUAAACAAAAGCGACGGCCUUACCAUCGGAGAAAUGCGGACUCUUCGCCUACCCCCCGAGCAGACACUAGAAGGCAUUUCAGUAAGCGCAGAGUUAGAAUCGGCAGCGCUGAUCAUGGUGCUAGGGUUGUUAAAGGGGGGGUCAGGUCUCUUGAUGAACAUUAGUUCAGUUCACGAUGCGCUUGAUCCCGGGAAAACUCGGUGGAACCCGUUGGAUCUGUUGGAUCUAUGGAAGUUGUCCAGCAAUUUCUCAACCGCCCGGCACUUUUCAUGUCUCGCUCACAAAUAGCAUUCCUUAUAUUUGAUUCCGAGUUCGAUACGUGUUCAGAGUCUUCACAGCUAUAUCUUGAUAUUCUUUCAGCAUUUUUCAGUUGGUUCUUGUUCUGAUACCCAUACUUAGCUACUGGUGUUUUUUUGCCCGCUUCUGAGAUACCAUUGCCAACCUGCCCUUCUGCUACCUACCCUGAACCCCCUGUUUGCAAGUUUUUCUCCUUUUGACACUGCGCUCUAUUGACUUGUGAUACCCCAAUGUGUUUCUCCAGCUUCCGUCGCCAUCAUUAACUUACUUCGUGGUGGCAGAUGCUUGAAUCUCGUGAGAACUCAUGAAGUAGGUAAUGUCGUUGGGCCUUGUUCCCUGGAUAUCUGUAUCUAGUCUACAUUUUACGUUUUCUUCACCAUAACCACAGUCUCCAUAUC